AUGGGUUGCGCAAGCAGCUCUUCAUCACGAGCCGCGGGCCGAGGCUUUGACAGCCUCGCCAAAGUCUGCCCGGAUGACAUUUCGUUACCUGCGGCCUUGAAGGAUCGGGCUCGGGUCAAGGCAGACAAGAAGCUGGGUCAGAAUGUACGAGGCACAAAAGCCAGCAGCGGCGAUUGCAGAGUCCCGAAGCAGGUGCGAAACAAAGUUCGGAGCUUUCAGUCUUGGAACUCGGAGACCUGGCAGGAUGCGCCAACAGGCGUCGCCUUGAGCCCAACCCGCGAAGAUCACGUGGACAUGGCGCCUAAGGGCUUCGAGAAGAUGAUCAAGAGCCGACGGCGUUUGGUCUAG